AAAUCUACACAGUACAAGGCAAUGCCUUUGGUAGUCCUUGCCAUUUCCCCUUCCAUUAUCAAGACCGGUGGUACUCGGAUUGUAAGCUGGAAGAGCCCACCCAGCGAUAUUGGUGUUCAGUAGACAGAGACUACAACGACAAAUGGGGCUACUGCCCCACAACACGAAGUCAACCCUUGGAGUCAGAGGGCUGGAAGAAGAACCUCCUGAUAGGUGUGUAUUACCAGGUGAACGUCAACUCUGCCCUGACAUGGCACCAAGCCCGGAUGAGUUGUCAACAGCAGGACUCAGACCUCCUGAGCAUCACUGAGCCCCAGGAGCAGACCUUCAUCUCAGGGAUCACAAACGAAUUACAAACCACUCUUUGGAUCGGGCUAAACCAACUGAACUCUGAGAGCGGAUGGCAAUGGGUGGAUGGGAAUCCAUUUUCCUAUUUAAGAUGGGGAUCAGGACAGCCAAAUCCAGCCCCGGGAUGGUCAUGUGCCUCCCUAAUCACUGCACAAAACUACGAGUGGCAAAACAAGCUGUGCUCCAGAAGACAUGGGUAUAUCUGUCAGAAAAGGACUACAAUCUCAGCUACAGCUACACCUGCUCCACCAGUUGCUUGCAAUGCUCCGUGGAUUUCAUAUGCAGGGCACUGCUAUUUCUUGAACCGCACAAAGAACACAUGGAAGGAUGCUAAUGCCCAGUGCAUAGCUGGUGGUGGACAUUUAGCGAGCAUUCACAACAUAGAGGAACAAAGCUUUGUCCUCUCACAGCUGGGCUACAGAGAGACAGAUAAGCUGUGGAUUGGACUGAAUGACAAGAAGACCCAGCUGCUGUUUGAAUGGAGCGAUCAUUCUCGGGUCAUGUUCACUGCAUGGGAUGUGCAGGAGCCCUCACACCACCGAUCUGAAGAGGAGGACUGUGUCCUCAUGGGGGGAAAGGAUGGGAAAUGGGGAGAUGCAAGUUGUGAAGAGCAAAAUGGGUUCAUCUGUAAAAAAGCUGGAGACUCUGUAUCAUCCUCUGGAAUGGAGCAUAACAACAUUGGCUGCAAAGCUGGGUGGACUAGGCAUGGCUACAAUUGUUACUUUGUCGGCCCGACCACAAAAACAUUUGAUGAAGCAAAAGACAGUUGUCAAGACAGCGGAGCACACUUGGUUGAUGUGCCAGACAGAUUAGAGAAUGCAUUUCUUAUCAGCAUGGUUGGAGCCAGACCAGAGAAGCACUUCUGGAUAGGGCUGAACAACCAAAGAAACCUUUCUGUUUUUGAAUGGACCAACACCCCGAAAGUCCCUUACACUCAUUGGAAUGCUCGUAUGCCAGGCCAGAAACAGGGCUGUGUGGCUAUGACCACUGGCACUCUGGCAGGGCUGUGGGAUGUACUGAGCUGCUCCAACAAGGAGAAAUACAUCUGCAAACAUCAGGCUGAGGGAGUAGUCACAACUCCUGCCCCUACCACCUCACCCGCCCCGAGAUGUGCAGUGGGCUGGAGCCCGCUGGGGGACAGGCCAUUCUGUUUCAAGUUCUUUGAAAUGCCGUCUCGAGAACAGAGGAGCUGGUCAGAAGCUUUGGAAUACUGUAGAUCUAUAGGUGGUGAUCUAAUGAGUGUUCAUAGUGAUGCAGAAGGAGAACUUCGUACACGUGCUCGUAUACCUCCAUUUUUCCCCUGGUAUCGGGAACUUGACCACUGGCAUGGGGAACCUGACCCCUGGCAUAUGCCACCUCGCUACUGGCUUCAAAGGGAGGGAUGGAUUGGUUACAGUGCUCAGGACCCUACUGUUGGCUAUACAUGGUCAGAUGGGUCUUCGGUGAGUUAAACAAUGCAUUGCAAAUCCUCUGUUUUUUGACAACAACAUACUCUAGGGAGGGAAAGUGGAAAACAGCGAUUCUAGCGGGCGUUCCUAAUCCUACGGCGAUCCUAUUGAAAAUCCCAUAGAAAAGUUUAAAAAAAAAAAAAUCUAUGACACUGAACUUUUACACCAGACACAUGUUUCAGCUUACACAAUAUGAGGAAAUACUAACUGUGAAAGUCUUGUGUAAAAUGUUGCCCUAUUAAGAAAAAUAGAAAUUGCGCCAAUCUUGUCGGAAACGUA